AUGACAAGUGGGAACUCAUGGAAAUAUGGGAGGGGUGUAAAGUCGCGUUGGGAGGGGAUUUAUAAACGUCACCUAGAGAUAGACAUCGAACUCGCGGGAACUUUCCCGGAAUAUCAAAAAAAAUAUUUCGAACAGGCAGAAGAAUUUAUGCGCCAAAGGAAGGAGAUGAAUCUCAAAUUGCGCUCUAUCACCCCGAAUGAGAAAUUAACCCCACGUAUAGAAAUACCUAUAUUUAACGGAAGUUUCGAAAAAUGGGUAUCAUUCCGGGACUUAUUCGAACAAAGUAUUCACAAAAAUUCAAGCCUAUCCAACGCAGAAAAAAUGCAAUAUUUAAAAUCAAGGUUAAGAGAGGAACCCGAGAGGCUCAUACAUCAAUUACAAAUUAGCAACGAAAAUUAUGACGCAUGCUGGAGAAUUAUUACGAACAGAUACGACAACAAAAAACAUAUUUUAACUUCGUAUCUAAAUAGUUUUAUGCAGCUUCCAAGGAUUGAAAAGGACAAUCUGGGGCAAAUUAAAAAACUUCACGAUGUCACCUUGGAAUGCUUGAAUGGGCUCAAAAUUUUAGGGAUUCACAUAGAGCAUUGGGACACCAUUAUAAUUCAUAUUCUGUCGCAAAAACUAGACUAUGACACCUAUCAAGCAUAUUAUAUUUCAUCACUAGAGCAUCCCAAAGAGUUACCGGUGCUUAAAGAUUUAAUGGAUUUCCUGGAAAAAACAUUUACUGCUUUGGAAACAACAAGUAAUCAACCUCAGCAGAGUCUUGUUACAAAACGUCAACCUCGGCCUUAUUAUAAGCCGUUCAACAAUAAAUUCGUGUCAUCGCAAGUGAGCAAUCGAGGCCAAGACAGUAUCGAUAGAAACACGUGCUGUAAAAUAUGCAAAUCACCUAAUCAUGUCACGUUUAAUUGUAAAUUCUUUAUAGGCAUGAAUUAUAAAGAAAGGCUUGAUACAGUUUUAGGACUGCAGAUAUGUAUUAAUUGUUUCUGUAACCACGAUGUCAAGGAUUGUGCUUCAACAAGCAGAUGCAGAGUUUGCUAUCAGAAGCAUAAUACAAAGUUACAUAAUGCAUUAAAUAAUUCGAACUCGCCUAAUCGCCCAUCUACAAGCAAAUUUCACUAUAAAAAUUAUCCAAGGGAGCAGUCGAAAAGGAUAUACACGACCUCUAAGGAUUUUUCAGAAGUCCUCUUAGCAACAGCAAAAAUUAAAGUUUUAGGGGUUAAUGGAAAAACCUACCUCAUGCGCGCACUUAUUGACCAGGGGUCUCAAAUAUCAAUCAUUAGCGAAAAGGCAGCAUAG